AAUGCAUCGAUAUCCGAUUUUGAGUUGAUUAAAGUUGUGGGCGUAGGAGGAUUUGGAAAAGUUUCCCUGGUUCGGCACAAAAACAAAACGUUAUAUGCCAUGAAAUCCAUGAGAAAAGAACAAAUCAUCAAGAGAAAUUUUUUCACACAAACAAUGUGGGAGAAAAAGAUUUUGCAAGCUGUUUCUUUUCAGUUCAUUGUCCAUUGCCACUUUUGUUUUAAGGAUUAUGACAACAUCUACAUGGUACUUGAUUAUGUUCCGUGUGGUAAUCUUUAUUGGCAUCUAACUCGCUCCCAAAAAUUCAAAGAAAAUCAAAGUAAAUUUUAUGGAGCACAGGUGUUCCUGGGUUUGGAAUACUUGCACAAUUUGGAUGUUGCACAUAGAGAUUUGAAGCCUGAGAACGUAAUGUUGGAUUCCAAUGGCUAUGUAAAGUUAACGGAUUUAGGAUUUGCCAAAGUGAUGAAAUCACGAACAUAUACAACCUGUGGAUCUCCGUACUAUAUGGCGCCAGAAAUUAUAAUGCACAAAGGUUAUAAGACGGAGGUUGACUGGUGGGCGUUUGGAAUCCUGCUGUUCGAAAUGACUGGCGGCUCUUUGCCGUUCGAUGGGUCGAAUGAGGAAGAAAUUUAUCAAAAAAUAUGUGAAGGCUAUUUUAGAUGCCCGAGCUUCUUUAGUAAAGAUCUAAAAGAUUUGUUGUCCCAUUUGAUACAAUUAGACGUUACACGUAGAUUGGGAAACAUGAAAAAUGGGGCAGAUGAUAUUGCCGAACAUAUAUGGUUCUAUAAUUUCAACUGGCAAGAUUUACUAAACUAUAAGAUUAUUCCAGAUUACAUCCCUGAAUUAAAAAGUCCAGAAGAUACCAGAUUUUUUGGAAAAAUAAAAGAAACUCCAAUACCGAAAUCGAGAAAAAGUUACAGUACAGAGUUUGCUGAUUUUUAA